AUGGAUGACAACGCAUGGCUGCAGUGCUACGUGAAGGACUUCGGAGAUUUGUCAGACAUUGUAGUGGCCAAGUACCAGCACAUGGACUCACAUCGCAUGCACGAAUAUAUCUUCUUUUCCGGUGCCUCUGCAGUGGGAUUCCUUCGCCGCACCCGAAAGAGCAAGAAGUACGUCUUUGGCUCGUGCGGCAUGUGGGGUGCAGUCCAAGAUGGAGAGUCUUGGACUAUCCAGCUCCGGGGCUUUGCUUGCGAACAUGGCUGCACGCUGUGGAACCUGGACUUUAAGUACCAAGGUGCUGCGCCUUGGUUGCUUCAUCAAAUAUAUUUAAAAAAACACAAGCUGUGGCAGACAUUUUCAUGCGCAAAAGUGCUGUUUAAGCUGUGCUUGUGUUUUUGCCCGGAUCUAAGGGCCUCUUCAAGAGCGAGUUCGAAGGUGUGGUGCGGACUUUCACCGUGGCUUCCCGCCCCACGAAGUUUGGGCGCACCUUCCCUUGCGACCGAGGGUUGGCGUUGCCUCCUUGUGAAGCCUCGGAACCUUUGGCCUUGGUUGACACUACGAAGGAGGUGA